CAUGUCAUUGUGACAUCACAGUCUUGAUGAUUAUGUUACUCUCUGUCUGCUGCUGUGUCACUAAUUUGUUAGCACAGCUAAGUUACAGCAGGCAGCAUCUUUAAAACUGAACAGUAGACUGAGGUUCCAAGUUAUUUUCUGCCACAAUGUUUAUUUACAUUAAACAUGGAGAUAAUGACCAGUUCCUGGUCAACACCAAUUGUACAGUUGCUGUCCUCAUGCAAUACAUGAAAACUAGGUUGCGACUUGCUGAGUCAGAGCUCAUAGACCUGUGUGAUGAACGAGGAGGGCUGAAAUUCCUCUUUAUGCCCCAGAAUUCACAGGAUACUGCUUGUGGACUGCUAAAGGCUAGAGAGUCAUUCUUCGCUUGCAUUAUUAAGCGUACGUCUGAUGGGGCUUAUACUUCUGUCACAUCUCUACUAUCCAGUGUUCACUAUGCUCUGAUAGAGACUCUGCAGACUCAGAUUGACAAUCUUGAGAAAACUCGCCUGAAGCAGCUUCAUGUUGUGGAGGCUCUUAUGGCUACAUCAAUGGGAAUCAAUGCUCAAGCACUGCUUAAAAUCACUAAAAAGCGCAAGAAAGUUACGCAUGUAAAUGCCGCUGAUGAAGUCCAGCGCCACACAGGGGACAGGAAGAGCAGGAACUGAGAAAACGCCAUCACAUCAGUCUUCAUGCUCUUUCUUAAUGUUGAGUCCCAGUUUAAUUCAUUCAAAUUACAGACGUGUUCAUCAGAAAUGCUGUAUUACUUUUU